AUGGUUAACCUGCGACACCUCCAGCAGCCAAUCACAGGGCCCCGCAGGAAAUGCCUGGAGAGCCUCGCCGGGGCGGGCGGGUCCCAGCAGCCCGAGUCUGGCACCAGGCAGCCCACGCGGCCCGCAGCCACCCAGGCGACCAUGGCCUCCCUGGAACUCAGAGCACCCGGGGGCCGCAGCUUGGUUGGCCCGGCCGGGCCCAAGCCAGGGCUGCUGCUGGCCUUGCUGGCUGUGCUGGCGUGGACCGGGACCGGGACCGGGACGGCGACCCCACCUGCCCGUCUGCUGACCCUGCUGUCCUCAGGCCGGGGUGUUCUGGACCGCGUGGCGCUGGGCGGCCUGUUAAAUACACUAGCGGUCCGUGUGCACUGUGCCGACGGGCCGUGUGGAAAGUGCCUGUCUGUGGAAGACGUCCUGGCCCUGGGCAGGCCUGAGAAGCCAGGGCUCCGCUCCGGUCCGGCCCUGGAGCCCAGGCACAUCGCCCGCCUCAGUGCUGCCGCCGCCCUCUACCUCAGCAACCCGGAGGGCACCUGUGCGGAUGUCCGGGCUGGCCGCUGGGCCUCCCGCGCCGACCAGCUCCUGGCCCUGCUCGAGGGCCCUGAGGCCCUGACCCCAGGCUUGACCAGGCUGCUGCAGAAGAUUCAGGCCCAGGCCGCUGGCCGGCCCACUUCUGCGGAGGCCUGUGUAGACCUGCCUCAGCUGUUGGAGGAAGCGGCGGGGGUGGGGUCUCCCGGCAGCCCCGGCCCAGUGCUGGCUGCCCUGCUGGACCACGUCAGGAGCGGGUCCUGCUUCCGAGCCCUGCCGACCCCUCAGUACUUCGUGGACUUCGUGUUCCGGCAGCACAGCAGCGAGAACCCCAACAUCACACUGGCUGAGCUGGAGGCCUUGAUGAAGCGCCUGGGGGUGGGCGGAGCGACCGAGACCCAUGGUGACCACAGUGACCACGGUCAUCUGGGAGAGGGGGCCAUCCGCCAGGGCCCUGUGCCCCUUGCCACCCCCAACAGCAGCUCCAGCAUGUGGGACACGGUGUGCUUGAGUGCUGGAGAUGUGAUGGCUGUGUAUGGGCUGUCUGAGCAGGCUGGGGUGACGCCGGAGGCCUGGGCCCAGCUGAGCCCUGCCCUGCUCCAGCAGCAACUGAGCGGGGCCUGCAGCCCCCAGCCUGAGCAGCCCACCCAGGACCAGCUCAGUCAGGUGGAGAGGUACCUAUAUGGCUCACUGGCUACGCUGCUCAUCUGCCUCAGCUCCAUUUUCGGGCUCUUGCUCGUCACCUGUGCCAAAUGCAGCACUGCUACCCACUACAUCAUCCAGACCUUCCUGGGCAUGGCUGCAGGCGCGCUCACAGGCGACGCCCUUCUGCACUUGAUGCCUGAGGUGUUGGGGCUGCACUCGCAUGAUGGCGAAGGCCUUGGCUUGCAGCCCACCUGGCGCCUCCUAGCUGUGCUGGGUGGUCUCUAUGCCUUCUUCCUGUUCGAGAGCCUCUUCAACCUCUUGCUGCCCCUGGACCCGGAGGACCGAAAGGACGGGCCCUGCAGCCACGGCCACAGUCACGGCGGCCACAGCCAUGGCGUGUCCCUGCAGCUAGCGCCGAGCGAUCUCCGGCCUCCCAAGCAGCCCCACGAGGGCUCGCGCGCAGACCUGGUGGCGGAGGAGAGCCCCGAACUGUUGAGCCCGGAGCCCCGGAGACUGAGCCCAGAGCUGAGACGGCUGCCCUACGUAAUCACGCUGGGAGACGCCGUGCACAACUUCGCCGACGGUCUGGCCGUGGGCGCCGCCUUCUCGUCCUCCUGGAAGACGGGGCUGGCCACCUCGCUGGCCGUGUUCUGCCACGAGGUGCCGCACGAGCUGGGGGACUUCGCAGCCCUGCUGCACGCGGGGCUGUCGGUGCGCUGGGCGCUGCUGCUGAACUUGGCCUCGGGGCUCACGGCCUUCAUCGGCCUCUAUGUGGCGCUCGCGGUAGGCGUCAGCGAAGACGGCGAGACCUGGAUCCUGGCGGUAGCCACUGGCCUCUUCCUCUACGUGGCGCUCUGCGACAUGCUCCCGGCCAUGCUGAACGUGCGGGACCGGCGGCCCUGGCUCCUCUUCCUGCUGCACAACGUGGGCCUGCUGGGCGGCUGGACCGUCCUGCUGCUGUUGUCGCUGUAUGAGGAUAAUAUCACCCUCUGA